AUGGCACCAAUAGUUCUUCCUAUUUGUAAUUCUGAGUACCUUCCUGUCACAGUCUUCAAACGCAGUGACAAGGACAGCUUUGAUACCACCACCUUCAAUGCCUUUACCAUCCACGAAGGACAGAGAGUCUACUUCAAGAUUCCGUUGACAGGCGAGAAUGUGGCGACGCGACGACAAAGCCCCUUUUAUCACGAGUGCAAGCCUGCCACGCAGGAUAACGCGAGAGAGCUAGAUGUCGUCGACUAUUUGCCAAUGAAAACAUACGGUCAGCCAUCAAACCCGGCUUCCUUAGCCGGAAACCCGUCAUCGUCAUCCACAAACACGGCCAAGAAGAGAGAGACAAAGGAACUACCGGCAACAGUCGGAGGAGCGGAGGGCGAGGUGGAGGAUGGGGCGGAAGAGCUUGGGAAGGGGGGUUGGGAAGAGGAUGUUCCUCCAGGCUUCGUACCGGCAUGCGAUGGGGAGGAAGAGAGAAGAUUACUUCAAGAGCAGCUAGCUGCUAAGGUUCCGCUACUUGAGGGUAUCAUGCCUGAAGGCCGUCAAGUACCUGUCAUUAUGGAGCCUAACCUUAGGCAAUAUUGA